UACAGACGACGUGGCUUCGCCAGAGCUCUGCAAUUCUGAGAUAAUUCUCCCUCCACACGGAAUCUGGAUUUUCAUCCUAAACAGAGUCCUCUAAUUUCGAACAAAAGUUCAGGAGCGAGGCUCCCGCCGAUCGAGUGCACAAUCACCAACGUCUUUGACUUAUUCCGCUGGCAAUCUACAACUUUGGUUGAUUGAUGCUGCUGCUGUAUGCAAUAUGAUUGGAUUAGGAUUGGAAUCCUCUGCACAUCUACCUGCUCAGAAAUUCCAAAGAGCUGAAGUUUGUGGUAGGGCGACUGGAUUCCUUCUUAGCUGCUCCCAAGGCUAUAAGGUCAUUGAGAGGAAGCAGUACCGCCUGGCAUUGCUGAAUUACCGCUCGUUUUCCAUCUCUAGAAGACGGCCAAAGCCAAUUCUAUCUUCAGUCUCAGCUACUGAUUCGUCUUCUUCCGAUUCACCGGCGCCGCCUGGCUCACAACCACCGAGUCAGGGUGAUUCCGAAAGAAAGGCUCCAGAUGUGCAAACCCUAGCUAGGAGGUUUUGGAAAGUGGCUGCUCCGUAUUGGUUCUCCGAUGAUAAAGUUGGGGCGCGUUGGCGGCUUGCGGCUGUUUUUGCUCUGACGUUGGGAACAACUGGAAUCAGUGUCUGCUUCAAUUAUCUUGGCCGUGACUUUUAUAACGCUCUUGCCAACAAGGACCAAGAACAAUUCACUAAACAAUUGUUGUACUACCUUGCUGGUUUUGCUGUUGGAAUUCCGGUUUUUGUUGUGAGAGAUUAUGCCAAAGAUACACUUUCUUUAAGAUGGAGAUCUUGGAUGACAAGCUAUUACAUGGAUCGCUAUCUGAAGAAUCGAACAUUUUACAAAAUACAGUCUCUGUCAAUAAUUGAUAACCCGGAUCAGCGAAUUGUCGAUGAUUUAAGUUCUUUUACUGGAACAGCUCUCGCAUUUUCCUUGACACUCUUCAAUGCUACUGUGGACUUGAUAUCUUUCAGUAACAUUUUAUAUGGUAUCUAUCCUCCCCUUUUUCUUGUACUACUUGGUUAUUCUCUUGGUGGAACCGCUCUCAGCAUCUUUCUUGGGAAGGGAUUGGUGACUCUAAAUUUCUUGCAAGAGAAGAAAGAAGCAGAUUUCCGAUAUGGGCUUGUGCGCAUCCGAGAAAAUGCUGAGUCCAUAGCAUUUUAUGGUGGGGAGGGCAAUGAGAUGCAGCUACUGUUGCAACGGUUCCGCAGUGCAUUUGAAAAUCUUUCGAAAUUGUUGAUAUCUUCCAGAAAUCUGGAGUUCUUCACAAACGGCUACAGAUACUUGAUACAAAUACUUCCCGCAGCUGUUGUGGCUCCGAUGUAUUUCUCCGGAAAAAUUGAAUUUGGUGUCAUAAAUCAGUCUGUGUCUGCGUUCAAUCACAUACUUGGAGAUUUUUCUCUUGUUGUAUACCAGUUUCAGGCUAUCAGUGCCUUCUCUGCCAUCAUAGAUCGACUAGGUGAAUUUGACGACCUUUUAAGUAGUAGUGAAUCAAGAAGUGAUGAUGAACUCCCUGAAGAAAUUCGUCGUGAGCACUGCAGUAUUAGCAAACCUGGAGACUCUAAUGGAUCUAUGCCCCUUGGUAGAGGUUCAAAGUUACUAACCAUCGAGCAUUUGACCUUAUUGACUCCAAGUAAAGCAACUCUUAUUCGGGACUUGUCCUUGGAGAUUUGUGAGAACGACCAUGUUCUGAUUACAGGACCGAGUGGCAGUGGUAAAACCUCGUUACUGAGAGCUGUAGCCGGUCUCUGGAGCUACGGAAGAGGAACCAUCACAUUCUUCGAAAAUGAUGGAUGCAACUCUUCUGAAGUACCUUCGGUGGAUAACAUCAAGAACAGUUACGAUGAACCAGAAAACAGCAAUGCAAGAGGUGUAUUUUUCCUUCCACAAAAACCAUACAUGGUUUUGGGCACUCUUCGUCAACAACUACUUUAUCCCACCUGGAGCGUCGACAUUGAUUCUGCAGCACUGCAAGACAGUGAAAAAUCGAAUGGUUCACUUCCUUUCCUGACGCGUACCAAAGGCUCAGACACCCGAAGAGCUAAGCCAACAACUGAUGAUAUAAUCAAAGUCCUAGAGGAUGUUCGACUCGGCUAUAUACUGUCGCGGUUCGAUUUGGACAGUAUAUACGAAUGGUCAAGUGUUUUCUCCAUCGGCGAGCAGCAACGUCUGGCAUUUGCACGGCUGCUGCUUUCAAAGCCGAAUUUGGUCCUCUUGGACGAAUCCACGAGUGCUUUAGACGAAGCUAAUGAGGCACAUUUGUAUGAGCUAAUUGAAGGUUCAGGAAUAACUUAUAUAAGCAUCGGACAUCGAAGAACUUUAUUGGAACAUCACAGGAAUGUGCUGCGUAUAAACCCUGCUGAGGCAACAAGUGAUCUCCCUAAUUGGCAAUUUGAGGAGCUCAAUAAGGAUUUGAUCAUAAGCAAACCAGGUUAGCAAUCUUGAGCACUAACAUGUUUUAAUAAUGAAAUUGUUGAUAUAAUAUAUGUAUAUUUGUUUAUUUUAUUUUAUUAUAUUGAAGCAUGUGCAGUGCUGAAGUGAUUCCUUUCUACUC